AUGAACGAUAUUGUGAUGUUUAUAUUCGCUCAAAAUCCCAUCUUAGUCAUUCAGAAAUGUAACACAUGUGACUUAGCUCAAUUAUUAAAUUCCGACAAUACCAAAAUCAAGAUAAAGCAAGAGAGAAUAGAAUAUAAAAGUCAUCUGAUGAUUCCAUUGCAUGAAAUUGUCAUUAAAAUAUCGACAAGCAGCAAUUACAGUUACACGGCGAUUACAGAUCAGAGCCCCGUGACAACCACAAAACUUUUAGUGAUUCAUUACAAAUUAGAGCCUAGCGGCUUGAUAGUUAAAUUCUUCCAUCAACAUAAUCAUUUAAUUUUAAUGUUUGCACUAAAUAUUUUUUGUUAUAUGCUUUGUAACUCGAACUUAAAGUUAUCUAUAGAAGGAAUUGAUCACAAUCUUACAAGAAAUUUAUGA